UUAAACUUCUGUUGCCAUACUGAUUGCUCAGGCUCUGGUUAUCUUGUCGUCGAAGCUUGUUUGUAAUCAUUUCCUUUUGAGAUUUCAAUAAUGAAUGGUCCAUAAUUUCUCUCAAUGUCCACCCCUAAAUCAACUCGUAAAUACUGUGGCAAAUUUCAGAGCUCGGCAUCAUGUCGUAACAUCCCAAGCAGAUUGCGUUUCUUCUCUUUUUCAGAAUGCUGUGGCCAUCUGAGGUUUUUAGUAUUUUCAUUUUUUCCUUUAAAACUUUUCAUCUUUUAGUGAACACCAAAGCAAUAUUCCCAGGACUAGCAGCCAAAACAUGAAGCCAUCUGUUGUUCCUUUAUUUUUCAUCUUGCUCCUAAUCCCCCCAACCCCCCGUUUGCUUCCAAGCGUGGCAAGCAGAAGAAGACACGUCAAAUCCACCUGGAAUGAUUGUGACAGUCGAGAGAAGAAGAGCCCUGCCAUGCCCGGUUCUCCUGUGGAUGCUAAGACUCAUUCUCGAUCGGCCCCCAGCAGCAGCUCCACCAUGCCACCUCUGCCUUCUGUCAGCUCCAGCGGCCCCCGCCCGGCCUCCUUCUCCACCACGGCGUUGACCAAUGGGAAUCACCAUUCCCCGCCAACCCUGAAUGCAGUGCCGUCUCCACCGCAGCGGUACAGCAACGGACCGUCCUCUUCCUCUUCCUCCUCGCUGGCCAACCAGCAGCUGCCGGCCACGUGCGGCGCUCGCCAGCUGAGCAAGCUGAAGCGGUUCCUGACCACGCUGCAGCAGUUUGGCAACGACAUCUCUCCUGAGAUCGGGGACAGCGUCCGAAGCCUCGUUCUGGCCCUCGUGAAUUCGACAGUUACCAUCGAGGAGUUCCACUCGCGGCUUCAGGAGGCCACGAACUUCCCCUUACGGCCCUUUGUCAUCCCCUUUCUCAAGGCCAACCUGCCCCUCCUGCAGAGGGAGUUGCUCCACUGUGCGCGGGCAGCCAAGCAGACCCCGGCCCAGUACUUGUCCCAGCAUGAGCACCUCCUGCUGAGCACCACCAUGGCCUCCUCUCCGGACUCCUCCGAGCUGCUGAUGGAGCCUCCGGAGGCGGUCGCCAAGAGACACAGCCCCAACAGAGCCAAAGAGAAUGGUUUCCACGAACGCGAGCGUCCGCCCCCGGCCAUGGAGCCCGCCGCCAAGCGGAUUUGCACCAUCAGCCCCGCCCCCCGACACAGCCCCGCCCACCCGCUGCCCCUCAGCGCCCAGCUCCACCCGACCCCUCCGCCCCUGCAGCACUACGCCCUGGACGACAUCGCGGCGCCGCACAUCCUGCACCGCGAGCACAGCCAGCGCAUGCUGGAGAUCCGCGAGCUCAAAGACCGGCCCCGGCUGCCUGGCACUAACGGGGGCUACCGCGAGGAGCCGGUGGACCACAGACUGACGGACAGAGAGUGGGCUGAUGAAUGGAGGCAUCUGGACCACGUGUUGAACUGCAUCGUGGACAUGGUGGAGAAGACCCGGCGGUCCGUGAGCGUGCUCCGGCGAUGCCAGGAGUCGGACCGCGAGGAGCUCAACUACUGGAGACGGCGUUCGAGCGAGCAGGAGGACCCGCGCAAAGGAGGCUCGGGCCCCGCCCCCUUCUCGAAGACGCACAGCCCCCACUCCGCAGAGUCGGACUCCCAGCGCGACUUUGCUCCCCGGCCAGGAGCGGCAUACGUUACUGACGAGAUCUGGAGGAAAGCCGAAGAAGCGGUGAACGAGGUCAAGCGUCAGGCCAUGGAUGAGGUCCAGAAGGCCGUCGCGGAGGCCGAGCAGAAGGCCUUUGAGAUGAUCGCGUCCGAGAGGGCCAAGAUGGAGAAGACUCUGGUCGACGCGAAGAAGAAGGCUAAAGAGGAUGCCGUCAUGGUCAUCAAUGAACAGGAGGACUCCAGUGAGUGUUGCUGGAACUGCGGCCGCAAAGCCAGCGAGACGUGCAGCGGCUGCAACGCGGCGCGCUACUGCGGCUCCUUCUGCCAGCACAAGGACUGGGAGAGGCACCACCUCAUCUGCAGCCCGGGACUUCAGGCUCAACCCAAACCCGUGUCGGCCAUCAGCGCGAGCAGGGCGGCGGCGGCCACAGCGGCGGCCGCCGGGGCGUCUCCCGUCGGCCCGGCCGGGGCCAAGGCCCCCGACAGCGUCCCGCCGGCCGCCAGCCCCGGAGGAGACAAGGCGUCGGUCGCUUCUCACUCCUCCACCCCGUCCACCCCGGCCUCCGCCCCCGAAAACAACGGACACUAGGACGCCGAGGACGCCGGUGGUGAACGCGGCGUCGCCUACGCUCUUCCCCACCGGGGGGAAGAAGUGACUCAAGCAGCGGGACGGGGAACUGUUUGUGGGUUAAGUUAGGGCAACAGAUUCGUCAUCACGCGCUUUGAAAACAAAACAAAACAGAUUACGGAUGACUGUUUGAGUGAUAUGUCAACUGGGACUCUGGCGUUGGCAAAGAACAGAAGGGAACGUCUCGAACGCGUCUAUUGGAGGAACAGAUCUCCGGAACAGAUGGAAACGUGUUUGUCUUUGUCCAAAAAAAAACAACAACUCAUCUUGGAUCUGCAAAGGGUGGAGGAAAAACUGCUUUCAUCUCUGGAAGUUAUUAAAGAAGGAGUACGAAGGGAAGAGAGAAAAAAAAAGCAGUGAGGUAUGAAGCCGCCUCGCCUCACGACAAUAUCCUCACGUUGUCGUGUAUAGAUUUUAAGAUGACGAGGUGGUGGUGGUGGUGCAAAAUGGAAACAGUGUAAUAUUACCAGCCAUAAAGCAUCUGUCUUCUUCUCCCUGUAGGAACAUCUGCUCCUGUAUACAUAAAUAUUUGUUCGUCAGGUUUUCAUGCGUGUGUCCAACAGUUCGUGCAGUUCGUGAAUAUUGUUCAGCAUAUGAUGAACGUUUGUCAAAGCAAUAUUAAAAGUGAAGUGUUCAGGUAUCUCAAGCCGUUUCUGCAUCACCAAAGUUUUCAGUCGCGAGAGAGACGUUUCCAUUUCCUGUAAAUGUCUUGUGAACGAAAGAUAGUUCUACAAUAUCUACUUUUAUAAAGAGCUUAGCUCGGGACGCUGGUGACUAUCUUUUCAUUUCUGACCAGUCUUCAAAGAGCAGAGGGCAAGGUGAGGGUGGCUGGCACUCGUUGGCGUCACCAGGUGUGUGUGUGGCGGGCUCGGCCGCUGCUCCGGAUCUUCGCCACCACACUGCAACAUGCGCAUCAGGGGCCCCGUAACACGGCUCUGCCCAAGGACCGCUUUCCACACAGCGAAAAGAAAAGGAAACGAUGGGUUAAAUCUUUUUCUUUCUUCAUUUGAAAUAAUAAUAAAAAAAGACGGGUGAACAUUGUCACCGAUGCUCCCGUUGCCGUGGCGCAGGUUCAGAGCAGCGACUCCGUCCCACGGAGAAUCUCAGGAGGCAGCUAAACUGUGUUUGUAUGUACAGAUCAUUCUGUUCUUUUUUUUGUCGCCGUUUGGUUUAAGUCCAAAGUUUAGACUGAUUUUUUUCAUAACAGACAUUGUUCUUGUUUUGUUUUUCUUCUUCUUCCGUUUGUUGUAAGAUGUACUUUGUAAAGAAUAUUAUGAGAGAAUGCCUUUAUUUUGUGAGCCACGAUUUUCUUCGUUCUUUUAACACGUUCUUUUGUUUUGAGGCAUAACUUCAUACGACAAAAAGAUAUCUUGACAUGAAGUAUGAAAUAAAAAAAUAGAAUUACCUCAA